AGUAAACAGUUUAGCCGUGCUGAUAAAAGCGUGCAAGGAUAUUAUAUCAUAAUUAUGUAGACGAACAAAUGAUGUUCAUUUUCAUUAUGGAUAUACUUAUUGUCAAACGUUGAGAUCAAUUUAUAUGUAGUUCAAAAUGAGACAGCUAAAAGUCGCGUUAAUUCUAUUACUGUUUGAGAUAACUCUGGGCACUAAUUUUGUUACAGGAAAGGAAGAGCUUUUGGACAAGCGUUUGUUGUACUAUGAGCCAUUACAUUACGAUAUAGAUGACCUUCAUCUUUUACAUACAAAAAGCGGCAAGUCAGGAGGUUUAAUCCGGAUUAAAUUGAAUGCGUUUAAAAGGAGCUUCUCCCUUGAAUUGAGAAGAAGUGUACAGUCAACAUCAAACAUUAUUCUGCAUCACAAAAAGAAUACCACCACGCCAGAUCUGUCAUUUGUUUAUACUGGAAAGGAUACAGAUUAUCCUGAGAGUGAAGCAAAAAUAGCUGUGAUCAAUGGAACAUUGCAAGGAAAACUAAUUCAUCCUAGAGAAACCAUUUAUCACAUUGCUCCAAGUUCCUGGUUGUUCAAACAGCCAACACCAUUUCAUACAGUGAUAUACUCUGAAAAAGACUAUGUAUGGAAUCAUACUUUCCAUUCUGACACGGUACGGCAUGCAGGGAGCAAGGCACAGUUAAAGAAUAAAAAACCUUUAGGCAGACGGAAAAGAGAUUUACUCCCUCCAUCUAAUGGACAAGAUCAUCACGUAUGCACGGUUAAAUUAACAACUGAUACAACUGUGUGGAGAUACUUCAUGAAUUUGAAUAAGAACGAGGAUAAAAGCCACUAUGAUAUUUUGUUCAUGUUGGAGAAUCACGUGUCUGAAGCAAAUAAAGUCUUCAGAAAUACAGAAUUUACCUUGAAUAAAGGUCAAGAUACAGAGGAAAGAUUGAAAGGAAUUCAGUUUGAAAUUAGAAAGAUAAAGAUUAUGACAGAUAUGGACUGCGAGGAUAAUAACACAUCUGUUUUAUGCCGUGACGACCUAAAAGGACAAGUGCUGCUCAACAAGUUUGCUGAUGAAGAAGAAGAAGAAAGUCUAUCUGAUUACGAUUAUUACUAUAAUCAUGAUUUACACGAUGCUGAUUACCAAGGAGCAGAUGCUGAAUACAAAGUCUACGAAUAUCCAACAACUGAAUCAAAGUAUUGUUUGUCUUUCCUUAUCACAGCUAGAGUCUUGUAUAUCAACGAAAGUCCGCUUCUUGGUUUAGCUUUCCAUGCAUCAAAAGACAAAGAUGGGGGAAUAUGUUCAAACCAAAACAAUGGAUUCAUCACAUUAUUUCAAGAAACUACACAAGCAUUACCAGCAAUGGUUACACAGUUGGUGUUUACACACGAAGUUGCGCAUGCAUUUGGCGCACUACACGACAGUAUGCAAGAAUGUGCAGACUUUAAUCUGGAAGAGGAACCAGCUGAUGGAUUUUACUUGAUGCAUAAUGUCGCACAACGCGGGGACAAACCAAACCACCAUAAACUAUCACCUUGUAGUCUAAAAUAUAUUUCUAAAGCUCUUUCAAUGGACAAAUCAACAACUUGUUUCACUGGUAGUGAGUUACCAUAUUGUGGUAAUGGUAUAGUUGAUGACGGGGAGGAGUGUGACUGUGGUAACGACUGUUACACUGGUAAAGAUGAUUGCUGUCAUCCCCAUAAUGCAACUGAGGGUUUAAGAUGUAUGCUUAAAGCUGCGGCACAAUGCAGUCCAAGUCAAGGACCAUGUUGCGACAGCAGUACUUGUCAGUUUAUAAAUAAAUCAGAGAAUUUUGUGUGUCAGAACUCUAAACCAUGUGUCGACGAAUUAUACUGCCAUGGAGAGCUGUACGGCUCUAAGUGUCCAGCCCCACUUGAACAUCAACAGCGAGAAGAUGGUUUUAUAUGCAGCCGAAAUGGACGUGUUUGUGACGCAGGGAGCUGUAAUGCGUCGAUAUGUAAACUUAUACAUUGGCGAGAAUGUUUGAUUUCUAAUGAUAAUGAAAACCUAACUGUUAAACAGAAAGAGGAGCUGUGUUACAUUGGUUGUCGGAGACGGCGGUCUGAUGAGUGUAUCAGUUCACAUGAUAUAGGCAAGGUAAAACAACAUCCAGUGUUCUUGACCUUGUUAUCAAACAUUUCAAAUGGAUCAACAAUGCUUCCUAUACAGCUUCCAACAGGCACACCUUGUAACAAGGAAACUGGCUAUUGCGACGUACACAAACGGUGUCAAGUUGCUGGACCUGAUACACCAUUACCUAGAAUGAAACAUUGCCAUCCUGGUACUAAAUGUGAAGGGAACAUUGUAUCUAUUUUACGGCAUUACUGGUGGGCUAUCUUGCUAGCAGGUGUUGUAUGUAUAUAUCUGUUCUGCAAGCUAUUCAAGGGUUUUUCAGUUCAUACAAAAAGUAGCAAUCGGCAAAAAGAAUGCCAACGAAAUCCCCGUAAAGAAGCACAACGGUUGGAGGAUCAAGAUGUCGAAUAUACUAAGAAAAGAUUAUUAUCUACAGUUAAAACUGUUAGAGCAUUUUUGAAGCAGACGUACACUAGACCUUAUAACGGUAAUUCUGAAUUACAAUCCGUUCGCGAAGAAUUAGAAGCGUUAAACAACAAUCCGUGAAGUGAUGCCGAAUCAGUUGAACUGUACUCCAUAUAGAGACCAAUAUAUUUUUAAAAUUCUGAUCGGAGAUUGGCCCAAGACAAAUCUAACCUUAUAUGGUGAAUAUAUUCGGUGCUCAUCUGGAUGCCUUUCCAAUGGUUUGGUGAACGUUUCUUUCCCUUGUGGAGUUUAGAAAAAACAUGAAAUACACUCGCUCUAUUAUAUAUAUUUCUCAAUCUUCAAGUAAUUUGUUUAAUGAAGGACAUCAUCAGUAACGUAUCUUAAAAGAUAUAAAAUGGCAGUUAUUCAAACGAUAUAGUAUCUAUAUUCAAAAAACAUACAUACGGUAAUGAAUUGUGCUUAAAUACAAGUGUAAACAUAUUUCAUAAUUGAUUUUAUAUAAUAAUUGAAAAAAAGCACAUAUUAUGAAGUGCUUUUAUGCUCGGAACCCUUUUUUGAAACGAACAAAUAAAUUUUCCACAACCGACAGAUAUCGUGAAAUCAGUCCUACUGGUUUAUGACAGUGUUACUUCAUAUGACAUCAGAUCAGACGGAAGUUCAAAUAAGCGAUACAUCUACCUUACAAAAAGCGAACAUAAAUGGUUUAACCAAAUAGUAUUGACAAUUUUGUGUUAGAAUGUACUGUGUAUGAAUGGUAUGAAAAUCCAAGAUUAAAGUGUUGCCAUUAUACAUUAUAUGAUGAAAAGAUGCAUUUUGUAUUUUUAGUCAGCUUCUUUGAAUUACUAAACACUUUGUUUCAUUUUGAGAGUUUUCAAUAUAACUUUGUUUUCAACGAAUUACCUCAGUAUUGUGUAAUAUUUUUAUAUUGUAUUCAUUGACGAGUGCAUUUAUUGUGCAACCAUACAGUCCCAUAUUUUUGUAACUAUAUUGAAAGAAUUCAUACUAUGUAAUAAUUAAUAUGAUAGUAUUUACUUAAGUCAUAACACAAGUUAAGUUUAAAGUGCAUAAAUGUCUUUUAAAGUCUAAUCAUCAAUAUGCAGUAUUUACCUCUACUGCGUUCAAAGUGUUUUAAUUAUUGCAUCAGGGAUUUUUAAAAGAUUAAGAAUUAAAGUCACAAUUGUCAUAACAUUUGAAACUGCAAUACUGUAUGAGUGGUUGAGUUAGCGACGCGGAAAUAUUGGCAAAUUUCGCGAAUUGACGAUAAUCGCUAAAAUUUCCUCUAGGGUAAAUAUCAACCAACCUGUCAUUUAAUUCUACUCUUGCACGAUUCGCUAAGAUUUCCUUACUCGAAAUGUCUGGAAUUUUAAAUUCGCUACAUACCACUAAUACAGUAUUGUUCCUCGGUUUCUUAGACACCUUUUAAUAAACCUAUCAUUUCUUAUCAAUCAAUAUACGUAAGUGAGAACAAUAAAUCAUCUAUGCAUGUUAUGAACUUAAAAGAUAGUAAAACAAAACAAUUUUCUUACAAUAUGUGUAUUAGAAAAUCACCAAACUGUGUAAUAAAGGCAUUAUAUUGUUCAUCUUUAAAAUUGAUUGUCCGAAUAUUAAUGUAAGACACAACAAAUACUAGACUUGAAGUUUGAUCAAUAAUUGAUUUGUGUAUAAUAUACACAUGUUCAUAUUUUGAUAUAUAUUUUUGCCAGCCUCACGCCAGACUAUCCAAACUGGCAAGAGUGACUUAACUAACGUAAUGACAUUACGUUACGGUAGAUUAUACAAUCUAAAUGCUAGGAGGUGGGUAUAAAAACAAAGACUCAUUUCUUAAUAUAUUAAUUAUGAAAAGAUCUCAUUGAAGAAGCUCGUUCGUACCUCAUGUGAUUCUUGUCCAGAUCAUACACAAGAAACAGACAAAGAUAAUUUUAUAAGUAUAUGGUAACAAAUGCAAGACAUUAAGGUGCUCAUUUUAUUUCUGUACUUUUAAUAUGUUAUCACUUAUUUUGUGUUUUUGUGUAGUUAUUCAUAUACUUAAAAACAGGUUAUUUUCAACGAUUUUUCUUUUUAAAAAACCCAGUUUUUUUCCAACGAUUUUUCUUAAGAUUGAGUACUCGCACAUUUAAAUAUAACAUUCUUCCUAAUAUUUCAAUUUUUUCAAUUGUAAUAUUUAUUGUUUUAUCAUCGACAAAUGUUCCAUUUGUGUUCAAUUAGAAAUUGAUCAACACAUCUUAAAAUUUAAUACGAUUGUUAAACUGUGUACAAAUUAUGCAUUUUUAUUUUAUUUUAAUAAAAUGUUAAACGUUCAA